AAGACACGGGAAGAAAACGCCCCCUAAACUGUGUACCUUCCUUCGUAAAGAGGUGAAUGGUUUUGAGAAAUAAGAAAAAUUUAGAACGCUAAGACUAAAAGAAGCAACUGCUUACGAGGAAAAGAAGACAAGAAGUGAUACUGUAGCUAUCAGUGUGGUUUUAGGGCUAUCUGCACAUGGGCCUACAAUGGGCCACCGUCGGAUUUAUGGCACAAAUGCGAGUUACAACGUACCAGCAUAUUAUGGGCCUACAAUUGAUUCCAGGAGAUAGCGAUGGUCGUGCGUGGUCCAGCAGCCUACAGAUAUGUUCAGAACAAUUGGCCCGCACUCGGCUAGGAGUAUGCUUUCAGCUUUCAGAGUUCAGACUUGACACAAAAUGAGAGACGUAUCACGUACCGCUUUCUUUUUUCUGUUACAGUGCAUCGGGUCCUUCUAUGAAUUCUUUAGAGAUCGAUGAACUCUCGAAUUAAGUACCUGGUCCUCAAACUUUUGGAAUGGUUAAUUUUAAGUGACAAUUUAGAUUCAUAACCGAACCUAACGACAUCUCCAAUCUCCAAUGAUAUAUGUUAGUUAGUUGAUAGUUCAUAGUUGGUGUAGAUCCCAUACACAUGGCAGCUUUGAGAUCGUGUUGUGGGAGAGAAUUGCAUCGAAAAAUGAGUGAGACUCGCUCUUCACUUCACGCUAGUCUUAUACUGAUUGCACUAUUUAAUUAGUAAAAAAUUGAUUAACCUAGCUAAGUCUUAUACUGAUUGCACUAUUUAAUUAGUAAAAAAUUGAUUAACCUAGCUAGACUAUUGGAGACGCCCUAAGGGCAGUCCUAACCCAAUGAAUAGGAUAAUGCCCAAAUAAUUAAAUGAGCUGCUACCUAGGAUAAAAUCGUGUGGUAAGGGAGUAAAUGAAGAAAGAGAAGGAAAUCAGAUCUUGCAUGGGAUCUAAUUUCUACACACCAUCUAAGACAUAAUGAGAGAUGAGUAGUAUUAAAUUCAAGGAUGGAAUAGUGGUGAUGAUAAAAGAUCGUGUGGUAAGGGAGUAAAUGAAGUAGAAGGAAAUCAUGUCUUGCAUGAGAUCUAGUUUCUACACACUAUCUAAGAUAUAAUGAGAGAUGAGUAGUAUUAAAUUUAAGUAUAGGAUAGUGAUGUUUGCAUUGGAAGAGUGAUGUUUAAUACUACCUUCUUGAUGGUGUGGAGCUUAUAGAAAUUAAGGUUUUGGGUUGCGAAUUCCCUCAGGUGAAUUUAGAGUGAUCCACUUCUAAAGUUUGAGAACCCAGAUACUCACUUUGACAAUUUACGUUAUAUACUACGACUUUACAUGCACACCAUAAAACACAGUGACUGCGCAUGCACGCGCUUCGAGAUUGAAUUUUUGAACAGGAGUAGUAUACGAUCACGCUACGUCCGUGCUAAGUCGGCAACUCCGAGGUGCCUUUCGCGGUGGCCCCAGCGAAUGGCGUGCAAAAUGUCAACAACGAGCUCGUCAGGCCUCGCGCUUAGCGCACGGCGGGGUCGGCCGUGUGCCCGUGUCCCCACAGAAGCCGUAGGACAACGGGUUUGAGAUGGUCUCACGCCUCCUCGCAGUCCUGUCUAUCAGCAUUCAGAAGUGACCUGUUCCGUUUGGGAAACGGCCAGAGAGCAACGUCACCUUUGGCUACUGCCAGAGCAGAGGACGCACGCAGGCCUAACUGACUCGCAGAUCAAAACCCAAAGGAAAACGUGCGCGGAUGACCUGCCAUGCAUAUCAAAAGGGCACAUCCGGCCAUAAGACGCCGCUGAAGGAUGGGCGAGUACAAACUCAGGCUUAUAACGCCGUAGCGAUUGGCUCGUCGUAGAGUUUAGAAUAGUAUUAGGACUAUUCGCUUCAGCUUAUAAGCCGGCUAAAAAACUGAAACGGCUGAUUUGCUGUGAGAGAAAAAUACUAUUUUGUAGUUGAUAAGCCGACUGAAUAAGCUAAAGCGAACAGGUCAAGUAUUGCAAUGAUUUGCAUACCAACAGAGGAGAGUGUAGAAGAUCCGUCUGCAGGAACAAGAAACUGAACCUACGUAACUCACGACGGAAAUGUCCAAGCCAGGAAGUGUCUAUCGUUAUCCACCAUCAGAGCAUGAGCGAAGCGCAUCAACUGCGCUCCCAUUAGUUUAUUCAAGCGCAUACGACAAGCACCACCGGGGCACCGGCACGGCGGCACCGCACCUGGGUUUUCUCGAUGCGCCACCGAUCUGACCAUCCGAGCCGGUUCUAACUUCUAAUCACCGUGCUUUGUUCUCGCAUGCAGGCUAUAAAUAAGAGCGGCGUGCAGCGUUCAAGGACGCAUUAGCAGAGCACUUAGGCUCUCUGUAAACCUCCACAUAGGAAAGAGAAAUGGGGAAAGAGAAGAAAGUGUUGCUAGAUGUGGCGAGAGGCGCUAGCACGUGCCCCCCGUGUUGAGCGGGUCCCACCACGUGCUUAUCUUUCCUUCUUUCUUCGCAUCCUCUGCCUUGCGCUCGGAGAGCUCCGUGGUGGAGCGGCUGGCGAGUGCAAGGCGAGGUUGCGCGCGGCCGAAGAGCAUGGGGUUGGAGCGGGUGGCGAGUGCAGCUCGCUUGGCUCGCCGCAGGGACCAAGGAGGGGCACGGUCGCCACGACAUUCGACGGGAGGCAUCUCAGCCGCAGCGCCGUGGGCACGGGCGCGGGAGGGGACGCCGGCGCAGGUAACGUCGCAAGCGGCGGCCGGCGGGUGGGGUGCGAACACGAUCGGAGGGGUGGGAAGGGCCGCCGGUCGAACGGGGGCAGCGGACGCGGCGGAAGGGCGGGACGAGCUCGCAGCGGGCGGACUCCGCGAGAGCCAAGGUGGGUGGGUGGCGGGGACUCGUGGAGCCUCGCGGGCUCCGCUAGUGGUCGUGGCUUGAUGGAACCGCGAGCGCUCGGACGCCACGGCACGCAGGUCAGCUGCAACAUCGUUAAGCUCGGCAUCCUCACUGCGUCGCCAAGUCAAGCACCAUGAGACCCGCAUGCCCCGCCGUCGACUGCCGAGCCUCGUGGGCUACGCCGCCGGCAGCUGCUCCGACGAGCCGUGGGUGCGCGAACGGCACCGCAGACGAGUCCCAGUGCGUGCGAAGGUGGGGCUCCAAGCUAUCGUCGCGAGUCCUGGCACGGCCAUGGCCGCGGCUACCGCUGCGGGGAAGCGAGCCGGUGUGGCAGCGCGAGGAGGUAGCCAUUAGCCAGGGCCGUUGAGGAUGGCGCGUGGGCGAGGAGGCAGGCCGCAGGUGGGCCUGGGCACCUGGCAGAGGGGCCAGCAUGGAGGGGGUGGCGCGGAGCUGGUGCAAAGCUGCUGGCCAGCGUCCAGACCUCGCCGGCCGGGAGCUACGGCCAGUGGAGGCGGCGGUCCGUGCGGCCACAAACAUAGAGCGCAGGGAGAGAGAUGUGAGUAAAAAAUCUUUGAAUCGUGGGCCCACAAAAUUUUAGAAAAGUAGGUGUGAAAGAUGAUCCAUUGAAUGCCUCAUCUUUAUCACCCUCUACAGGUGACGUGUACCAAGUUAUAAGAGCUGCUCACUGUAACCGUCGCGGGUGCCAUUAGAAGAAGAAGAACUCAGUGAGAUAGCGUGAUGGCGUCGGAGAUGAGCAAGAACGUCAAGGUCCUCGACGAGCAGGAGGUCACCUCGCACCAGCGCGACCAGGGCCUCCGGGCCCGGAUCAGCGGCGUGGCGGCGGAGGAUCAGGCGGAUCCGUUGGCGCGGCAGGCGUCGAUCAUGUCGCUGACGCUGGAGGAGCUGCAGAACUCGCUCUGCGAGCCCGGCCGCAACUUCGGGUCCAUGAACAUGGACGAAUUCAUGGCCAACAUAUGGAACGCCGAGGAGUUCCAGGCCGCCACCGGCGGAUGCAAGGAGGACGCGGAGCAGGAGGCGGCGGCGGCGGCGGCGGCGGUGCCGACGGCGGCUGUUGAGAAGGGAGGAGGGAGCGGCGGAUUGGUUCGGCAGGGGUCGUACGCGCUGCCACCGCCGCUGUCCCGGAAGACGGUGGAGGAGGUUUGGGCCGAGAUCAACCAGGCCCCGGGCGACGCGCAGGCCCACCCCGCGCCGCAGGCCAUCGUGCAGCCGCAGAUGGGGAGCGGCGGCCUCGCGGCCAGCGGGCGGCAGGUGACGCUGGGGGAGAUGACGCUGGAGGACUUCCUGGUCAAGGCCGGCGUCGUGCGAGGGGCCUUCGCUGGCGGGCACGGGCAGGCAGUCGGCAUGGUCCCGGCCGGGCCGAUGGGCCACAUGCAGCAGCAGGGGCAGCUCGCAGCGACUCCCAUGAUGUACCAGGUGGCGCCGGCCAACGCCGCCGCCGUGUAUCCGGUGAUGGGCGACGGCAUGGGGUACCACAACGGGUAUGCCGGGGGCAUGGCGGUGGUGCCGCCGCCGCCGCCGUCCCAGUGCGUGGCGCCCGCCGUCAGCCCGGGGUCGUCGGACGGGAUGAGCGCGAUGACGCAGGCGGAGAUGAUGAGCUGCAUUGGCAACGGAGGGAUGGUCCGGAACGGCGGCAGCAACGCCCGGAAGCGCGACUCCCCCGAGGACGGGUGCACCGAGAAGACGGUGGAGCGCCGGCAGCGGCGCAUGAUCAAGAACCGCGAGUCGGCGGCCCGGUCACGCGCCAGGAAGCAGGCAUAUACCGUGGAGCUCGAGGCCGAACUGAACCAUCUCAAGGAGGAGAAUGCACGCCUCAAAGCCGAGGAGAAGACAAUUCUGCUGUCGAAGAAAAAGAUGCUGGUGGAGAAGAUGAUGGAGCAGGCACGGGAGAACAUCAACGCCAAGAAGGGCGGUCGCGGCCUUCGCCGCUGCGGCAGCGCCAUGUGGUGAACUGUGACUGGUGACUCGCAUUAUGCAAUGCCAAUCCGCUUGCCUCCAUAGGAAGCCCUGUAGCUGCAACGGUGUCGGUAGCAACAUUGUUAGUAACAGUAUGCGAUGUGGUUGCUAUAACAUCUGCGAGGGGUCACUAGAGAUAUGAGCACGAGCUUUGUGUUGGCUUGCUACUGUUUAUAAACGGUGCAUUGUACAGACAAUAAAACCUGCUGUAAGAUAACAACACAAACACAAAGCUCUGUGUUCUUGCUCGUGUAUAUUUAACAUGCAUGGGCCAUACUA